UUCUUAUUUCCUCAAUCCUCCUCCCUCUUCUUCAUCGGUACCAACCCCUCUUUUCAUCCUUUAGCAUGUCCACCUCUCCAAGGGCUCGCGGCUUCGUGCAAAAUGACGUCUUCUCCUCCGUCCCUCUACUGGGCAAUCCCGUAGCAGUCGUCCUAGACGGACGCGGCCUCUCCACAGAAACAAUGGCUCUCUUUGCUCGAUGGACAAACCUGUCAGAGACUACCUUCAUCCUUCCUCCUAGCGAAGAGGUGAAAGCUGGAGGAAAGGCAGACUAUCGUCUUCGAAUCUUGACCCCAUUUGGAGAAUUGCCCUUUGCGGGGCAUCCUACGCUGGGGAGUUGUCAGGCCUGGUUGGAUCACAUUUCCUCUUCUUCACAGGGUCAGCUCUUCGCCAGUGGUCAGUCGGACAUUAUUACGCAAGAGUGCGGUGUAGGCUUGGUCAAGAUCAAGCGAGAUGGUGCGACGGGGAGAUUGGCGUUGGCCGCCCCUGGUUUUACCAAGUACCAGCCUGGUACAGAGGAGGAAAUCAGGACGGUUUGUCAGGCCAUGGGCAUUGAGAGGGGAGAUGUCCUGAAGGCGCAAUGGAUUUGUAAUGGCCCUCGAUGGUUCGGUCUCCUACUACGCUCCGCACAAGCAGUGCUGAAUGCCUCUCUCCAAUCUGGCGGUACAGACCUCCUCGCCGAGGGAGGUGUGCCCUUCAUCGGUCUCACAGGACCAUACCGUCCUGCCGCUGCACUUUUGCAGUCCGCCGGCCUCCUGGAUGAAGCCGCCGUUGCGACCUUGACAGAGGAAGUCGAAAAGGACGGGACGCCUUCAGCCUCCUUGCCCAGUGCCAGUCCCACUGAGGGCGCAGCACAAGGAGAGGCGACACCCCUCGCGAGCUGGGAGGUGCGCGCCAUCUUCGAAGGGAUCGAAGACCCGGUCACUGGCUCACUCAAUGCUGGCUUUGCCCGCUGGCUUGUCCAGGACGAGGGACUUGCGCAACGAAACUAUGUUGCUUCGCAGGGAAAGUGUAUGGACCGAAGGGGCAGAGUGUACGUAAAUGCUGAUGGCGAUGCGGCAAGUGGGAGUGAAAAGGGAGAGAUCUGGAUCGGUGGAGACACGAGUGAAGUUAUCCGGGGCGAGGUGCGGCUUUGAGGAUAAGAAUACAGGUCAAACUGGAUCGGAAUAUCUACGAAUCUAGCAAUGAUACCAUCACGUUCUAGCUCAGC